AUGCAGUUUGCUGAAGGCAUUGGGUGUAGAAGGGAAUUGGAUUUAGCCUAUGCUGCUGUCUGGAUCUUUGAAGACAAGAGGUCUUUCAGCAUUUCUGAUUGUCAGUAUAAAACUUUGACAUUACCAAAUAGGCAACAACAAAUAGCUUUUGACACCCCUGCAAAGAGUUUUAGAAAUAAUUUAGAUUUGUGUUUUGUUUCUUUCCAAGAACCUGGGCCCUUUCCUGGGAUUGUGGACAUUUUUGGAGCUGGAGGUGGCCUUCUGGAAUAUCGAGCUAGUCUGCUGGCUGGGAAGGGUUUUGCUGUGAUGGCUUUGGCUUAUUACAAAUAUGAAGACCUCCCCAAGAGCUUGGAGACCCUCCACUUGGAGUACUUUGAAGAAGCUGUGAACUACCUGCGUAAUCACCCUCAGGUAAAGGGUCCAGGAGUCGGGCUGCUUGGGAUUUCCAAAGGGGGUGAUCUCUGCCUCUCCAUGGCCUCAUUCCUGAAGGGCAUCACUGCCGCAGUCAUAAUCAAUGGCUCAGUGAUCAAUGUUGGAGGAGCCUUACAUUACAAGGGUGAGACCCUGCCCCCUAUAGGUUUGGACCCCAAACGAGUCAAGGUAACUGAAGACGGCUUUGCAGACAUUUUGGAUGCCCUGAACAGCCCUUUGGAAGAAUCUAGCCAGAAGAGCAUCAUUCCUGUGGAAAGGGCUGAGAGCGCCUUCCUGUUCCUUGUAGGUCAGGAGGACCGUAACUGGAAGAGUGAAUUGUAUGCUAAUGAGGCCUCUAAGCGCUUACAGGCCUGUGGUAAGGAGAAGCCCCAGAUCAUCUGUUACCCAGGGACAGGACACUAUAUUGAGCCUCCUUACUUCCCCAUGUGCCGGGUUUCCAUGCACUCCUUGGUGGGCCGUCCUGUCAUCUGGGGAGGGGAGCCCAGGGCUCACGCCAUGGCCCAGGUGGAUGCUUGGAAGCAGAUGCAGAUUUUCUUCCACAAACACUUGGGUGGGGCCAAGGGACCGAUCCCACUAAAACUGUAAUCUUUUAUUUGAUUGUGUGGCAUUUCUGGCACUAAUUUAUCCUGGGAACAGCUGCCACAAUUAGUGUGUAUGUGUAGUUGUUUUUUUUAAAUAAUUACAUAGAGUUUUCCCCUUCUCAUGGUUAAAAUGAACUUACCAAUGAGUUUUCAAGAUUUUAAUGAACUACAUGCCUUUUCAGUUGUUUGGAAGGAGGAUAAUUCUGCAGAAAACACAACUGAUGGAAAAAGCAUUCAUUACCUUUUAGUCUCUAACAACACACAAGGCUUCAGCUCUGAAAGGAAAAGCGAGUAAUACUUAUUAACAGUGGCUCAUAUGUAAUUGUUGCUCAGUAAUUGUUCAUUUAUUACUUGUUGAAUUUAAUAAAUUUGAUUAAUAAAUGAUUGCCUACCAUAGAAAAACACAUAAUAUCAAAAAUAUUAUCAGAUUUGAGUUUCUCCUUUAAGAAUGGAAGGGAACAUCUUAGCUAUAAAUUGCUAGUUAGAUUACUACGUAGAUGUAUAACUACUAAAAAUUUUCAUAGCAAAUACACUUUUAGUUCUUUGAUAUCUUCUCCUUGGAUGAAUAAGGAUUCUCCUAGUGCAAAUAAAUUUUAAGUUAUGUUCCUGUUUACACA